GGGUGAUGAGUGAUGGAAUAUACUAAUAGAUAGAAGAGAGGAGGGAAAAGGUCCACUCUGCACUGCACGCUUUGGAAUAGAAUAGAAUAAAAUAAAGAAGAAGAUUGGAAGAGUGGAAUCAGAGGAAGAUGGAGAUGCAGCAGCUUCUCAGCAUGGGCUUCCCCGACGAGUUAGCUGCCCAAGCCUUGGCUGCCACCGGCGGCAAAUCCACCGUCAAAGCCACCGAAUGGAUUCUCACUCACAAGUCCAACACCAACACCAACUCCUUUCAGCCCAAGCUCGACAGGUUCUUCCAUUCCCAUUCCCAUUCCCAAUCCCAAUCCCAACCCCAAGAAGAAGAAGAAGAACCAUCCAAACGCCCUAAGUUGUCUCAAUCUCCUCAACAGCAGCACCAGCAGCAACUACAACAACACUGGCCUUCCAUCUUCUUCAAGAAACACCCCAACAGCAACAACAAUACUCACAUUCACGAACCCUUAUACGAGCGCCUGCGUCCCAGAACCCUGGACGACGUCGUUGGACAGGACCAUCUCCUCUCCCCGAAAUCCCUCCUUCACUCCGCAAUCCAACGCAGUCGCCUCCCUUCCAUCCUCUUGUGGGGUCCACCCGGCACCGGUAAGACAACUAUCGCCAAAGCCAUUGUCAAUUCCGCUACUUCUUCAACCUGUUACCGCUUUGUUUCCUUAUCUGCCGUCACUAGCGGCGUUAAAGACGUCAGAGACGCCGUUAACGAAGCCAGAAAACUCAGACUCAAAACCAACCAAACAACCGUUCUCUUCGUCGAUGAGGUUCACAGAUUCAACAAGUCUCAGCAGGACUCUUUCUUACCCGUCAUCGAAGAUGGCAGCAUUGUCUUCGUUGGAGCCACCACCGAGAACCCUUCUUUCCAUUUGAUCACUCCCCUCUUGUCUCGCUGCCGCGUUCUUACUCUUAACCCUCUUCAACCCCACCAUCUUGCCCUGCUUCUCAACCGGGCCGUCAAUGACCCUGACAAAGGCUUGAUGCAGAGCGUGGGGUUUCAAGUGGAUUUAACAGAGGAUGUUGUUGAUUUUAUAAGCAACAACUGUGACGGGGAUGCUCGUGUCGCCUUGAAUGCAUUGGAGAUUGCUGCUGUUACGGCUGCUGCACGGCUACAGCGUGUUAAUCUUAGGAACUCUAAGCAAAAGGAAGAAGAAGUUGAUCUUCACCCCAACGAGGAAUGCAAGGUUGCUGCUCUUGUUACUCUUGAUGAUGCCAAGGAGGCACUUCAGUGCAAGCACCUUGCUUAUGACAAAGCUGGGGAAGAGCAUUAUAAUCUAAUCAGUGCACUGCACAAAUCCAUGAGGGGAAGCGAUGCUGAUGCUGCCAUUUAUUGGUUGGCAAGAAUGAUAGAGGGAGGUGAGGAGCCUCUUUACAUUGCACGUAGACUCAUAAGGUUUGCAAGUGAGGAUGUUGGGUUGGCUGAUCCAACGGCUCUUGCUCAGGCUGUUUCCUGCUACCAAGCUUGCCACUUUUUAGGAAUGCCAGAAUGCAAUGUCAUUCUCGCACAGUGUGUUGCUUACUUGGCCUUGGCUCCUAAAUCUGUCGCUGUUUAUCGAGCAAUAGAAGCAGCUCAGAAGGCAGUGAAGGAAUCGGUUGGACAGAAUGAGGGAGUGCCUCUUCAUCUGAGGAAUGCACCAACCAAAUUAAUGAAGGAUAUUGGAUAUGGGAAGGGAUACAUUUACCCUCCCGACAACCCUUCCUCAACACAGACCUACUUACCACCAUCACUUCAAGGAUACAAGUUCCUCGAUUGGCCUGACAGGAUCCCCUCCGAUGGAUAAAUUUAUUAAAUCAAGAUCCGGAAUUGUUAUGUCCCAUUUUUUGGUCUUUGGGUAGGGCGCAAGGGGGGCACGAGGUGCAUACUGCGUACAAUGUUAUGUAUAUUUCUCCACCAUCAUUUCUAUUUUUUAUUUUUUGUUUGCAUCACUAAGAAAUAUAUACAGUGAUGGGGGAAUGUAAAAUGCUUAAAUCCUCAUUUUGAUGAACUUGUUUUUAAUUUUAGCUUU